AUGACGAUGGUAAUGGAAAACCAAAACCGCCCAUAUGGCGGCAUGAGCUUCGACAAUGUCUAUCAUCACACUCCUCCCCAAUUCACAGACCCCUGGGCUGCCGCGCACACUUCGUCGCACGCGACGCCUCCAGUCUACGCGACUUCGAUGGGUAACAGCGCCAGCAUCCCCGUCAACUCCGUGAAGCAAGAGGAAGUGGGCCGAGCUGCCGCCAUGUCGAUGCCUUACCCCAACAUCCCCGUCUCCGCGCCCUCCCUCGUGCCCGCCAACAACUACACAACCACUGGAUAUGGCCCCGAGGUGAUGGGUCUGCAACACGAUGUGCCACGCACAACCUUUGAGCAAGCUCCCUCAUACACCACCGCUCCCCCUAUGAGCAGCUUUGCGCCGCCUAGCUAUGCGCCAGUCAGCUACGCCCCAAUUCACCCCCAAUCACAAGACGCCCGUCGCAUUUCUCACUCAGAUGCUCGCGUCGGCUCUUCGCAACCACCCGCGCCCACUCCCACCUUUGGUGAUGCCCUCGACGCUAGCCGUGGAAUGGUGGCGCUCAGCCAGGAUUUGACCCCCCGAAACAUCUACGGACCUCGCGGGACACGAGGAUCCGCUGAUUCCUACGGAUUCCCCUCCACUCACUCAUCUGCCUCCUCGAUCUCCUCGGGCUCUGUCGACUCGUCCGUGACCGACUACAGCUCCACAACAUCCGAGUCCUAUGAGUCGCGUACUCUCCCCCGGCCGACCAGCCUCCUGGCUGGAAGCGCACCCCCAGGACCCCAGUCAAUGAUGAGCCAAUUCAGCUCCAAGAUGCCCUCCAACACCCAGAAGAAGCAUAAGUGCAAGGUCUGCGAUAAGCGAUUCACUCGCCCAUCUUCAUUGCAAACACACAUGUACAGCCACACUGGCGAGAAGCCAUUCGCGUGUGAUGUGGAAGGUUGCGGGCGACACUUUUCCGUUGUCUCAAACUUGCGCCGACACAAGAAGGUCCACAAGGGCGAGAAGGACACCGGCUCCCCCGACGAGGAUGAAUAG